UAGCUAAACCAGUUUGGUACGGCGGUUUUCUCUCUCCUCUGCUCGUACUAGGGCUCCGCGGCUCGCCACCUCCUCCGCUUCCUCUCGCUUCUCACCAAAGGCUAGGGUUUUACGCCCGGAAUCUCCGUUCGCCGCCGCCCGUGCGGCCUUCCACCCCCGCGACGGCGAUCUAGCCCCUCCCCCCACCCCCCAAGGCCUCAGUCCCCCGAUUCCGGCCUUUUUGAUACCCGGAUCUUGGGCAAGAUGCUUCCCCUCUCUCUCCUCAAGACCGCCCAGGGGCAUCCCAUGCUCGUGGAGCUGAAGAAUGGAGAAACGUACAACGGGCAUCUGGUUAAUUGUGAUACAUGGAUGAACAUCCACCUCAGGGAGGUUAUUUGCACCUCGAAGGACGGUGACAAGUUUUGGAGGAUGCCAGAGUGUUACAUCCGCGGGAACACCAUCAAGUAUCUUCGAGUUCCUGAUGAGGUGAUUGACAAGGUUCAGGAAGAAACUUCUAAGAGCCGAUCAGAUAGGAAGCCGCCAGGUGUUGGCCGUGGAAGAGGAAGAGGAGAUAUUGGUGCUAAACCUGGAGGCAGAGGCAUUGGACGUGGCCAAGAUGAUGGAGGCAAAGGUGGUGGUGGCCGUGGAAGGGGUGGAGUUGGUGGUAAAGGUGGUAACAAAGGUGGGGGCCGUGGCCGUGGCUGAAACUGAUCUUCACAUGGGAGGAUGCCGUUUUUUAAGGCGUGUAGUUGUGUUGCAUAGAUUGCUUAGGACGUGAAAAUGGAUUGGUUGGUUGGUUGUUUGUGGCAAAAACCAAAAUGGUUCGUGGGAUCUGAACACUGGGGAUGCUGUCUAGCCUGCUUGUCUCUGCUCAUCAAAACAGUUUACUUGAUAUCUGGAGUAUGAGCAUUAAGGGUACCAGCCAAUAUGUUCAUUUGCUUAGGGGCAUCCAGAUUAAAUGACUAGUUGAUGUUUCUGAGUAUUGAGGUAUCUGCGAGUUUGCGAAGUGUA